UUCAGCCCUCGAAGUGCGGAGCAGAUGGAAAGAGUGUUGAUGAAAGAAAGAGAGAGAUAGAGAGUCAGGGUGAAACCAUGCCGUAUCUGAGGAAGCCUAGUGAGCAUAGUGACCGAGCCUGACGACCUGAUCACCCCAGACAACCAGGAAAGAGCAGUCUGGUCAACCUCCAGACCCGGACAAACACACUUCCAACAGGAGAAAGAGAAAUAAACAGAGAGAGAGAGUGAGAGAGAGCGCGAGACAGAUAGAGAGCGCAAAAGAGAGAGAGAGGAGAACGCCAGAUGUGUGAGAGAGAGCAGAGAGAAGGAGAUGCUCAGAGAGAGCGGACAGUGACCAGAAAGGAGACCAGAGGAAGAAAGAGAAACGAAAGAGACCACUGAGAGAGUGCCUGGGGUAGUGCUGAAAUCUGGGUUGUCUGUAAAGGGGUGUUUGACUUUUGGUUCUGUGGCUCUGAGAGACAACGGGAGCUCUGAGAAACAGUUUGGGGGAGUUCUGUGUUUCACUCUGCCAACAGUAUUACCUGUGUGUGGAAGCGAGACUGCUUCAGGUGUUCUGAAGAGGACAAAAUAGUAGCAAAAGAAAAGGAGGACAGAAAGAGGACAGAUAAAUAAAAAGGAAAGAAAGCUAUACAUUUAGAAAGAAAGAACAAGAAGGAACCAGAGAGUAAGAGAGAAAAACAAAGCUAGAGACAGUCGAUAACAGAUAGACAUAAAGACAGGAUGGCAAACUCAGGAUUCCAGUUACUGGGUUACUUCCUGGCAUUGGGUGGUUGGAUAGGCAUCAUCUCCACCACGGCUCUGCCCCAGUGGAAGCAGUCUUCGUACGCAGGCGACGCCAUCAUCACGGCGGUGGGGCUCUAUGAGGGCCUGUGGAUGAGCUGUGCCUCCCAGAGUACAGGACAGGUGCAGUGCAAGGUGUUUGACUCCAUGCUGUCACUGGACGUUCACAUCCAGACGUGUCGUGCUCUUAUGGUGGUGUCCGUGCUGCUGGGCUUCAUAGGAAUGAUAGUGAGUGUAGUGGGGAUGAAGUGCACUAAGGUGGGCGACAAUAACCCCGCCUCCAAGGGGCUCAUCGCUGUGUCUGGAGGAGCCCUCUUUCUACUCGCAGGUCUGUGUACGCUGGUGUCCGUAUCCUGGUACGCCACUCAGGUGUCCUAUCAUUUCUUCAACCCAAACACGCCGGUCAAUGCCAGGUAUGAGUUUGGGUCAGCCCUGUUCGUGGGAUGGGCGGCGGCCAGCUUGACGGUUUUGGGUGGAUCCUUCCUGUGCUGCUCCUGCUCCAAUGAGGAGAGGCGAGGGCAGCAGUACUACCGCCAAUCACAACCAUCCACAGCCAGGGAGGCAGAGUUGUUGAGUGAAACUAGUUUCCCUGACUGACCAACCCCUGCCUGUCCCCCAGGACUGUCCGAGUUCCACUCACUGUCUCCCCUUUCCCUGUUCCUUCCUAGAUUCAAAAUUUGGACCUUUGUCUCUCCACUAUAGUAUUUGUUGCUCUCCCUCCCUCCCUCCCUCCCUCCAACCCCAUUCCUAAAUGUCUGCUCCUUAUCAGUGUCUGAUAUUAAGGGUCGACACAAUGUCCGCCACCCCUUUAAGAGAUUGCUUCUUCCCUUUUCCCACUUCCUGAGCCUGUUUGUAAAUAUAGACUCUUAAAGGAGAAGUGUGGUUAGGUGGUUAGACCCCCCCCCCCCUUAUGACUAGAGGGGCAGUAUUUCACUGUAUUUCAACCUGUGAACCCUUUACUAGAAAGUCCAUGAUAUCCUUUUAUCUUUUAUUGACUGGACUUUAACUGAACACGUGAGACUUGUCGUGUCAUUAUGUUAUGUUGAUUUCUGCUUCACUAAUAUCCUGUGAUUUCUGGGUUGGUAGAAAUGUGCAUUUUGGUUUUCUUCUCUGAGUAUUCAAAUGUACAUUUACUGAAACAUGUUUUUUCUUUUAAAUUGCAGACCAAAUGUUAAACAUUCCCCACCAGAGAAAAAGGAGGAAUACUUAUAGUUUGGGCGACUCCUUUGGCCCCACGAUGUGUUAGAUUUUUGGCAACAGGCAAGACACUGUCUAACAAAAACAGACAAGACACUCUCUCAAAGAAAAUAGAAGCAGACAAGACACUCUCAAUAGAAAACAUAAGCAGACAAGACACUCUCAAUAGAAAACAUAAGCAGACAAGACACUUUCAAUAGAAAAGACACUUUCAGAAAGCAAACAAAAUAAAUCCAGAAUACACUGAAUACAUCUGCAGACCAACCCUAAUGGGUAGCUAGUACUGUAUCAUUCUUAAAGAUGCCCAUGUGUUAAAUGUUUGUCAAUGUAUUUUAGAAUCAGUUUUGAACACAAGCAAUAUAAAAUGGUAUUCUGCACAGGUGUUAUUUGUGCUCACACAUGACAAAUAACUCCUAUUUGGAUAAUUGAAAGCCAGUAAACCUGAAUCUAUGAUUCUUUCUGUCUGUAGUCUGUCUUUAGUUUCUGGGAUAGGAAGUCAUUCAGGGUGUGUUUAUAGAACAGAAUACAGAAGUGCCCAGAUGUUUAUACCACCACCUCCAGCCUUUCUACUACAUAUUCCCUACUGCAGUGCCUUAUAACAUGUGUGUUUGUGUGUAUGUUUUUGACAGUUAUACACGGAUCCCACAGUGUCACAUCCUAUAUGGACAUAUGGUAAAACAUAUCUGUGGACGCCUUUUUCUCUUGCAUGAAAUGUACCAUUCAGACAAACUGUUGCAUGUAGUUAUAUCUCUGAACGUGAAUAUGUACCGUACUGUAGCUAGUAUACCACUUAGAAAACAACAGACAGACAGAUUCCUAAAUGUCCCUAUCUGAUGAGAGCGAUGGCACGCUUUGUAAAAGUUGUGAGACGGUUUGGAAGAAGUACAUGUACAGUAGCCCAGAUUGAGGAUAUUACUAUACAUGCAUUCGAUUUAGUUAAGUGCCAAUAUGAUUUAGUGUGGAUGGAAGAUGUGUUUUGUUAUUGACUAUGGCAACUUAUUCUGUACUCCGGGUGCUGAAAGCACUGUCUCCUGUACAGGUACUGUACUUAGUAACGGCCAGUUUGCUGAAUGUAAUCAGGUCAAACGUGUUUUUCUGUUGCCUACAUUUAUCUACCAUGCAUCUUCUUCAUCUAAUAUUCACUAUUAUUAUUUUAAGUAUGAUUUCUUUUGAAGUAUACUCAUGUAUGUUUCUUUUAGAAUAAAGUAAGAGCAUAAAAA